CGAUCAUGGUGGUGCUAAAGGGCGUCCCGGCGCUGCUGUCCCCUGAGCUGCUCUACGCCCUGGCGCGGAUGGGGCACGGAGACGAGAUCGUUUUUGCAGACGUGAACUUCCCCACCUCCUCCAUAUGCAGGUGUGGCCCGGAGGAGAUCCGCGCUGACGGCCUGGGCAUCCCAGAGCUCCUGGAGGCCGUGCUGAAGAUGCUGCCACUGGACACCUACGUGGAGAGCCCGGCUGCUGUCAUGGAGCUGGUGCCCAGCGACAGGAAGACAGGCCUUCAGACUCCAGUGUGGAGGAGCUACCAGUCCCUCCUGUCUGAGGCUGGCUGCACGAGCACCCUGGUGAAGAUAGAGAGGUUUGAGUUUUAUGCGCGGGCCAAAAAGGCUUUUGCUGUUGUAGCAACUGGGGAGACGGCCCUCUAUGGAAAUCUCAUCCUCAAGAAGGGGGUGCUGGCCCCUGAGGCACUGUUCUAGGCCUGGCGAAGACCAUUGGGCCCAGAGAGGAAUCUGGAUCUCUGAGCCAGACAACGGAUGAAUUGGCCCUGCCCUGCUCAGCCCAGACUGCACCCAGCUGGGGACUCCAAGGGCCAGGCCAGUCCUUGGGAGGUGGGGGGAGGGGCUGCUGACUGGGACUGGGACUCACCAAUUUACGACAAUGGUAUGAAGUGUGGUGACUCGUCAGUGUUCAGUCCAGGGGUUUCAACAACAGCCCCAUCCUCACAAAGACUUGUUUAGUGCCGAACACAAGGGAGGCCAUUGGCUCCUCAGAGCACCUCCCCCCCGCCCCACCCCAUGCAUCCUCAGGUGGGAAGGAAGGCCUCCCUCCUGCCUAAGAUUUGGGUAGCCUGACUGAAGCAAGUCCCUGGGUUUGGGACAAGAGCUCACACAAGUAGAGAUCCUCAUGUGAGGAGACUCCACAGAGGGCUGCGCUGGGGGGGGCCAUGACUGCACUGCAAGAGGCUUGGGGGUGGGCAGCCCUGAGUGGAGGGGGGUUCUGCAAUCAGCCCCCCAGGCGCAGACACUCAGGUGGCCCUUGAGAAGACCAGGGCCCUUCCUUCAGUCCCAAAGGCAGGGAGGCAGGGGGGACGGGUUGGUCUGGAUGCUCUGAGAGGUGACUGUGUGUCUGGGUGCUGGAGAGGGUGGGGGCCGGUCAUCUGUUCCCUCUCUCCAGUGGUUGAGUGCCUGCUGAACACACAGGGGCCUGAGCUGUCCUGGGAAAUGGGGGUGAGGAGGUAAGGGACAAGAGGAUGCCCCUUGCCCAGCAGGCAAAGGGCCAGCCUGCCUGGAGGCAGCAUGUGGGAGGGAGGCUGUGAUGGCUUCCGGCAUGAGGCUGGGGUGGGGGCUCAGGGUGCUCAUGG